CGUCGUUGAUAGGACAGGCUUUGACCACUUGACCCCCCCCAAUGCGGAAUGAAAUUAAACACAGGGAGGCUAGUUUACAACCUGGGACGACACGGCUGCAGCAUGGCCUGAGGAUUUGACCUCACAGGACAACCACUGGAUCGGCACAUCUCUUUGUCUGUUGGCAAUAAUCGUCAGAGAGCAUCUGCACGGGGAUUUUAUUUUAUUCAUACCGGAAGUAAACCUGUGAGGUCAUCAUGGGAAGCAAAGUCAGCUCCAAAAUGGCAGCUCCAGCCGCCCGAGUUAUCCAGGCUAUUCGGCCUCGCGCUCCUUUGAUCAAGUUUCCCAACAGACAUGACAUCCCAAGGCCCAAUGCCGAAAAAGUGUUGAAAACGUUAGCGGUUAACAUUUCACCGCACAACGCUCCAGCUCCGUUAUCAAGACCUCAUGUACCUUUGACCCCAAUUUCUGGCAGGCCAGACACCCUGGCCUCCAUUCAGCUAAUACCUGCAAGGUACCGCAGGAGACCGAUGGCAGUGGAUGAAAUGGACUACAUCCAGCGAGGUGGACCAGAUUGACAAGAAGCGACUCAAUCACUGCAACCAAAGUCCUUAUCUGUUGGAGAUCAGUAUGCGUCUUUAACUCUGUUCCUCAGCACGAGAGAAUCUAAAAUCACAUGAGACAUGAUCUAGAAUAAAGUAUUGCAUAAAGCCUGUUUAAAAUGUACAUAUGUUUAUUUUAGAUGCAAUUAUAUUUUAAGUUCAUACUAAAGGGAUACCACCUUUAUUGUAUUACACUCAGCAAAGCUAUAAGAAUAGUGUAUAGGUUCUCUUUAUUUUCUGUACCGCCACUGCAACUAUUCCCGACAGGGUUCUUGGUUCUUGUGGAAAAACCUUGGUUUUAACAGAACAGCUCAAUUUAAAACAAUUUUUAAUUCUGUCUUUUGAGCUUCACUUGAAAUACUACACCUCAAUCCAAGCACUAUGCUCUGGUACAUAGAAGAAAAUGCAUUUCAAUGCAAUACAUUAACUGAUCUGUUUGAACUAGAUGAGGCUGAAGAUGAUGCUGGAUUUGAAGUUGCAAUAGUAAUGAGUGAAAUGGUGUUGAGUUCAUGUGAACUACUGCUGGAUCUAAAUUAUUAAAAGGAUAUUGUAUUUUGA